AUGGCUCUCACACACUAUUUGGUUCUCGCCGCCAUUAGUCUGUCACUAAGCAAUGGCUUGGAAGCAGUUCAAUCUGAACAUGAAAUAACCAGAAUGCAUAGAACAGGAUACCAUUUUCAGCCUCCAAGGAAUUGGAUUAACGACCCGAAUGGACCCAUGUACUAUAAUGGAGUGUACCACCUGUUUUAUCAGUACAACCCCAAUGGCUCAACGUGGGGCAACAUCGUGUGGGCCCACUCGGUUUCAACGGAUCUUAUUAACUGGAAAAUUCUUGAACCUGCUAUUUACCCGUCCAAACCAUUUGAUAAGUUCGGUUGUUGGUCCGGGUCGGCCACUAUUCUUCCGGGUAAGGGACCCGUGAUUCUCUACACCGGAGUGAUCGACAAUGACAACACUCAGGUUCAGUGUUACAUCGAACCGCAAGAUCCGUUUGAUCCACUCCUUAGAAAGUGGGUGAAGCCCGAUGAACUCAACCCGAUAAUUGUGGCCGGCAAAGGGAUGAACAAAACAAAGUUUCGCGACCCGACAACUGCUUGGUGGAGCAAGGACGGCCACUGGAAGAUCUUGGUCGGUGGAAAAUGGAAGCGUAAAGGGAUGGCACAUUUGUACAACAGCAAGGAUUUUGUCAAGUGGGUUCGGGCCAAACACCCAAUCCAUUCAGCGGACAACGGUAUGUGGGAGUGUCCGGAUCUUUUUCCAGUUUCGUUGAGAGGUAGAAAAGGAUUGGACUAUUCAGAGGAAGAGAAACAUGCUAAACACGUGUUGAAGGUCAGCCUUGAUGACACUAGGACCGAGUACUACACAUUAGGAACAUACUUUACAAAGAAGGAUAAGUAUGUUCCUGACAACACCUCAGAAGAUGGUUCAAGUGGUCUUAGAUAUGACUAUGGAAACUUCUAUGCUUCCAAGUCAUUCUUUGACCCCAGCACUAACCGCCGAAUCUUGUGGGGUUGGGCAAAUGAGUCUGAUAAACCAAAUGAUGAUAUUAGAAAAGGAUGGGCAGGAAUUCAGGCAAUUCCAAGAUCUUUAUGGCUUGAUUCCACCAGGAAGCAAUUGAUAUUGUGGCCUGUUGACGAGUUGAAGAGUCUUCGAGGAAAAGAAGUUACUAUGACUAAUCUUAAGCUUCAGAAGGGAGAACUUGCUAAAGUGGAUGGAGUAACUCCUGCCCAGGCAGAUGUGGAAGUCACAUUCUCAUUUUCUAGCUUGCAUAGGGCCGAGGCAUAUGAUCCUAGUUGGGUAAACCCACAGGAUCUAUGUGCCCAAAAGGGUUCCAUGGUUGAAGGCGGGGUUGGACCUUUUGGAAUUCUGACUUUGGCUUCAAAAUAUUUGGAGGAGUUCACUCCGGUCUUCUUCAGAAUUUUCCAAGCUCCAGGAAAACAUGUGGUUCUGUUGUGUUCUGACGCACAAAGAUCCUCUUUGGUGGAUGACCCGUUAUGGUACAAGCCAGCAUUUGCUGGAUUUGUUGAUGUGGAUGUAGCGGCAAGCAAGAACCUUUCACUCAGGAGUUUGAUAGAUCACUCAGUGGUGGAAAGUUUUGCAGAAGGAGGGAAGACAAAUAUUUUAUCCAGGGUUUAUCCACAGCUUGCAGUGAUGGAUCAAGCUCACGUUUUUGUCUUCAACAAUGGUACUGAGCCGAUCACUGUGGACCUCAAAGCAUGGAGUAUGAAUGCGGCUACUAUAAGUUGAUACUAGGAUUUUGACCCGUGCCCGAUGCACGAAAUAUUAUUCUACAAUUUAGAAAUGUAAACUUUAGAAUAUAUAAAGAUCAAGUAAACUCCACCACCCCAUUUUUCUUUGUGUGAAUGGGAGUGAAUUUCAUGCACUGCUGAACAACUUCAAGAGCCUUGCAAUGAUAGAAAUAAAGUUUCAAUGAGCUA